AUGACGGACAGUCGAUUUUUGACAGCUCGGGGGAAGAGGUUAUGUUCUCCUCGUAGGUAGGGGUUAAUUUGUUUGCAUUUCGCUUAUUACGCAAAUGCGUUAAGUAACCAAAUUUGAAAACUUACUGCACCCAGUUGGAGUUUUACUCUCCAAUUAUCGACAUGUACUCGAUCAAGACGCCGACUCUCCGCAUUGACGAGGCCGAUUUAAAGUGCAAAAAUGGUUGUGGAUAUUUUGGAAACGAAGAAUGGCAAGGCUACUGUAGCAAAUGUCACAGAGAACAUUUGCAAAAGCAACGGGCUCAAAGAGAACACGCCCGCAUUCACGAAAGUGAUUCAAGCUCUAAGACUACCGUGCACGGUUUUUACAAAUUUGAAGAAAAGAAGCGACAGCAAGAAAAAAAAACUAAACUAUUAAAGCUGUCAGUCUUUCGCAAGACCGCAACGAAAACUCAAGGUUUUAGCGAGAUAUGGCAGGAGCUGGUUAAGGAUAAUCCUGAACUUGACAAAGUGAAAUCUGAGACCCGUGACCUUCUGGUACAGAUCGCUAAAACUCCGGCUGAGAAAGAUGUACGAAAGUGUAUUCAUUCCUUCGUGAACAACAUCUUACAAAUGAAGGAUAUUAAGAGCGUUGAGGAGCUAUCUGAACUAACUCAGAACUUCUAUCAAGUAUUUGCCAAGCGAAUGGAAAACAGUCCCAAUUAUGCAGAUGUUUCUCCAGAAACAAAAGAACGACUACUAGACUACAUCGAAAGAUACACUAUGACCUUACUCUAUAGGAUACUUUUCUGCCCGCCAUCAACUACAGAUGAGGACAAGGACCUUGCUAUUCAAAACAGAAUACGGCAGUUGAAUUGGGUGAGCGGAAAGAAUCUGGAGUGUCGAAUCCACGAAACUAGCUCUGACGUGAGAGAGCUUGUUUACACCUCAAUAACAGAUUUAUUAAAUAUGGACUCUGUAAAAGCACCGCAAGAGAAGCUUGCCUGUGUUGUUCAUUGUUGUAGAAAUAUAUUUGUACUACUGCAACAAUCUGUUGGGGGUCCAGCUUCAGCCGAUGAAUUUUUACCGGCGCUUAUAUUCAUUGUGCUGAAAGCUAAUCCUGCAAGAUUGAAAAGCAACAUAAAUUUCAUCACCCGAUUCUGUAAUGCUAGCAGAUUAAUGACUGGUGAAGGAGGUUACUACUUCACAAAUUUGUGUUGCGCAGUAUCCUUCAUAGAAAAUCUUACUGCCGAGUCAUUAAACAUGCCUCAGAAAGAUUUCGAUGCAUAUAUGUCAGGAGCACGCGUUCCAGCGAGCACAUGGGAAUCUGCUCUCACUAUGUGCGAGAGUAUACACCUGAUGUGCGAACACAUAACACUGCUGGAUGAACUGAAAGCGAAGAAUUUGGAAAUCAUAGCAGAAUCCGAUGAGCUUAAGAAAAAAAUGAUACAAUUCCCAGAAAAAGUUGAGGCGGAAGUUGACGCUGCGAUAACUCGCACUCCCCUUAUUAUCACGCCGAGUCAAAGGAUACCAACUAAUCUUGACUGCGUUGAUGCAGAGAGCUACCAGCUACCACCACCAAUUAUACCACAAGUACAAAAUAUUGAUAUUUACCCUCAGACCCUGAAUGACGAAACAAAUGAAACACUGACAUCUCACGUUGGUGAUUACAACGGACCUUCGAUCGAGGAUUGCAUAACACCAUCUCCAACUUUUGAUUUCCCAGCCUUUGACUCAGAUGGUGGUUUGCAUGGAAGUAAAGGGGAUGACGAUACCAGUCUAAUUAGCUUGGAUACACAAUGCGAUCUUACAGCAGAAGAAUCGUAUCUACAAGACAGAGACGCCUCUGAUAGUUUGCUAGACGAAUCGCAAGCAUCGGGCACUAAUUUACCAUCGCCUCUAAAACCAGUUUGUUCUCUACGUGAAGAUUACCAUGGAUUCUCAAUCCAAGGUUCUAACAUUCCCACGAUCCCGUGCAACACUGGUGAUCUUUCUCACAACACUUCGGACUUGGAGGCAGAUAACUAUUCUGGCUACUUUCACAACAUUUGAACGAUUUGCAAUUUAAACAUACACUUGAUUAAUCUCAACCAUAACAUAUAUAUAUGCACAUUCAUACAUACCAUAUAUAUAGAUAUAUAUACACAUACAUAUAGGUAUGUAUACAGUAGUAUGCAGGAAUUAAGAUGUAACUUGCAUCUUAUCUAGUCAGCUUCGAAGGAUUGGAUUGUGUCUUGUAUCGAUGGCGAGGUAACGUCUGAGAUUAUCGCUUUGUUAUUCAAGAUCCAAUCAAAUCAGCAAUAUUUCUAAUAUAACUUACAAAUCAGAUGCUGGAUUAAAAACUACAGGUUUCAAGCUAGGAUAUUUGCACUGCUAUGCUCACAAUUAUCUUGUAGAUUCUGCUACAGUGAAAAGUGAAAAAAUGACAAGUAGGUGCUACGUUACCAAGACACUGCAUCAAAAGUGAUCAGUAUACAUUCUGGAGUAGAUCAUCAUGUAAGUAGGUUAUAAUCUGAAUUUAGAUAUAAAUAUUUACCAUUUUGUAGCUACAGUUGUCAUUUUCUCCAAUUUGUGAGUUGACCACAUUUUUAUAUACAUCACAAUUCCAGUGCAUGUCAAAAAAACUGAUAUUCCAAACUUAUAUGAAUAUAUAAUUGCUAAUGCCGUACUUUAAUAAAUUCAAUUAUAAUCAACUAGGUGGUAGUCAUUUGUAAACAUUAAUUAUUUUCAUAUCGGUUUAACGAUCAAACUUUGUCACUCACACUCAAUUUGAUUUCAGAGAUACUGCACUAGACUAAGUGAGCGAAUUGUGUCAGUCAUCAUUUUUCUUUUAAUCCGAUAGGUCCAUCCUGACUAACAAUAAUAUAUAUUUAAAUGAAUUUGUCUUGAUAUGAGGUAAAAAAUAUAUUUUCAUUAGAAUUAUAACGAUAACUAAUAUUGGUUAUUGUAAUUGGCACUUUUAAUCGAAACUUAUAUUCACUAUACAUGGGUAUACAAGGGUAUACAAAGAGUGUAUAAAAAUAAUUUUAAGGCCUGUACAAAUAAAUUCACGUAUCGUAUGAAAUUUAUUUAUAGUGGUGUAAACCAAAAAUGAAGUAUAAAGUCAAUACAUGUGGUUGGAAUACAGAA